AAGCAACAUUCGCAGCCAACUUCUUCAUUUCAGCCAUGAACAAAAUUUUGGGUCUAAUCCUUUUGGUUUGCAUCCAUGGAAUCAAAGGUUGUUUUGAAGAGGAGAAGAUGGCUCUUUUAGAGUUCAAGGCCUUCGUUAAAUCAGGUGGCUAUGAUACCGACGACCUGCUUCCUUCAUGGGUUAGUCUUAAUGACCCAAAGGAUGACUGUUGUAAAUGGGAGAGGGUCACCUGCGACUACUCCACAAAAGGCCAUGUCAUCGAGCUUUCUCUCAACAACACUAGGCGGUUUGAUAUUUCUUCUUUGAGCAUAUUUGAUCCCACAAAUAGUUGGUAUUUAAAUGUUUCCUUGUUUCAGCCAUUCAAGGAGCUAAGAAUUCUCAAUUUAUCCUUCAAUGUAAUUGCCGGUUGGAUUCAGAGUAAAGAAUUAAAAGUUUUUGAGAACUUAGAGGUAUUGGAUUUAGCGGCCAAUAUGCUAAGUGGCUCGGCAGCUGCCGAAGGUGCGUAGACAGUGUCUUGCUUUCCUUUCCUUAUUAUUAUUAUUAUUAUUGUUGUUGUUGUUGUUGUUGUUGUUGUUGUUGUUGUUGUUGUUGUUAUUGUUGGAGAGUAACUCUCCAAAGUGAAUAUAUAUAUAUACACAUAUACACAAAAAAAUAGUGUAAGGCAGGUUGUUUUCUUAGAAUUUUUUGAAAGACUUGUUUAAAAAUAUACCUACUAAUUAAUA